AAAGCAACAUAGUAUCAGGCUGGCAUGGGCUGUGAGUACGCUCAUGGGCACGGCACAGGCGCCUUUCUGUAAGGGGCGGGAAGACUCGGCACAGCACCGGGAGCAGACGCUUCAUGACUUCUUGUGCUCCUCACAUACAGGACGGCGCUGCCCGCUCACUAAGAAGCAGGAAGCUAAGAUAUAGGAAUCCGCCCGCCGCCGCCGCUGUGGACCCGGAGCCUUCUGCUGCAUAUAGCUGCUGACGACCGGGAAAAGUUUUCUGUGCAUUCAAGUGGCGAAGAAAUGUAGCCGUAACCCCUUGGUAGCACAACCGUCUGUUCUAGAUGAAGUUUUGGAGGCAUUUGAACAGCAUUCAUGAUGACAUUCAUAGAUAGUAACCUACUUUUAUCCUGGAUUUCCAUCAAUAAAUGAAUCUCUGGAUUAUGUUCAUACUAAGUAUCAUUUCACUGCAAAACUUUGCCUGUAAUCAAGUUUUUGCGGAAAGUCAAAAGUGGAAAGCAAUAAAGAAGGACCUGGAUACACUUGAACAAGCAAGUAAAGGUUCCAUUUGGGAUAUUAGACGAAGUAAAUAUUGGGCAAGGAACUAUAAGAGUGAUUUAAGCCUGUAUACUGCAAAGAUUGACGAUUAUACUGAGACAUGUAUACAACCAAUUUUUUAUUGCUAUUGUGCAGAAAUUAAAGUAGUAUUGGAAGAGAUGAAAAUUUCAGGAGAUGAAAAGGAAGCCAAAGAAUUAGGUAAUAGACUUGAUCAUAUGCGUGCAAAUCUUCCAUCAAAAAAUAAACUGCCAGAUGGCUGUAAAAAGUGCGAAGAAUAUGAAGAGAAAUCUUUUAACGAAUUCAUUGACAGUUUUAAGACACUAGCCCAAAAAAUGAAUUCUUAAUAAUGAACUACCUUCUUUCUCAGUAGCCACUGCAUCUGGAGAAGCAAUGGAGAUGUGACAAUAUUUAUUCACACUGCUAAUUUCUAGUGUUUUUCUCUUUCUAAACUUUUACAUAACAAAAUGUAAAGAAAUGCUUAUAUUAACAUUCUCAUUGGUUUAAUAUGUUGGCUACAGUUCUAUACAUUUUCUGUUGAUUUUCAGGUAGAAUAGUGUAGUGUGCUCCACUAUUCUGUCUAGUAAAAAAUCAGACAACUGGCAGAUUCUAAUAAUGGCAGUAGGAUAUGUUAUGCUUCUAUUUGAUUUUUUUUUAUUAAAAACGAUCCAUCAACAAAGGAAGCCUUUAUGCCUCUUUGAACCGAAGCUAAAAUGUUAAAUCUGAUCAUUGCUAUCUUAAAGGGGUAUUCCCAUCUCAACUAACAUAGAUAAACUUGUAGGGCAGGUCACUCUAGAAAUGGUGGUCAGGCUGGUGUGGGUGUGACACACAUAUGUCACACCAGCCUGACCACCGUUUGGAGAGUGGAGCAGUGGUCUGUAACUGAAGCAACGAGCUGUCAACAAGGGGAAGAAUGGAGCCGAAUUUUGAGAAGGAGGCAAAUGUUCUAAAUUAAUGUAUAUGCAAACAUAUUUACCUUAACAUGUCCUAUGAGUCCAACUACAGUAUGUUAGUUAGGAUCAGAGGUGUACCUAGCGCCCGGGUGCUACUGGUAAGGUGCCUGUACUGACAGAGGAUAGGGGGAGGGGCUGUGAGGAGGAGGUAGAGCGCAGGCUGUCACUGCAGAGGAGUGAAUGCCUGCUUGAAUAGUGUCGGAGAUCUGAGGAAAAGCCUGACAGGCCCCUUACGACAGCUCUGCAGUGCUGUGUCUAGAUCUGUUUGGCGGUCUGCACCCUCUCCAGGUAUAUGCCCCCGGUGGGGGCCAGGUUCGCCAAACAGUAGGUAUGCCACUGGUUGGGAUGGAAAUAACCCUUUAACAAGCCAAUUUUAGUUUUUGCAUCCAAAUAUUUUCCCCUCACUUUUUAAUAGCCAUAACUCUCUUGUUUUUCCACCCAGACCCAUAUGGGGGCUUGUUUUUUUACAGGACCAAUUGUAAAAAAAAAAAAUCGUAAUGGGGGGAGAGGGGAUUUCUUUUUAUGUUUUUCACCGUGUAUUCAAACCACUCUGUUCUGACCACUGUAACUUUUUAUAAAAUGUUUACACCUAUGGAGCUGUGUAUGGGCUAAUUUGUAAUCUGUAGUUUUUAUUGGUAUAUUUUGAUUUAUUUUUAUUCAGUUUGUUUUCUGAGAUGUGAUGUGACCAACAAACCAAAAAUUUCCGGAAUUCAGAAUAUUUUUUUUAAUUUACACUGUUCACCAAGCAGGAUGAAUAAAGUUAUAUUUUA